GGAGAGCAUCGAAGCGCUGUAGCCAAACGCGCGAGUUACGCACGAACCGCACGCGCUACGCACUCGGGAGACCACCCUCUCGUCUCAGAAGACAGUUUAUCACGCGCGCGCUUCGUACCGGAGCCGCACACAGGAGCAACAGGGUUCGGAGAGCCUGUGGUCAGAUUCGGCAACCAAGCCGAUAGCCGGCAAGGAUGGCCUGUUAUGGCCGCUACGAGCCGACAGCGUCGAGCAGCGGCGGCGGCGACUGGAUCGCCAGGCUCGAACAAGGCAGCGGCCCCGUAACGUCGCCGCAAGUCAACGCCAUCGCGGCCGAAGGUCUUUACGACUAUCAGAAGGAAGCGGUGCGCCGGGCGCUCGAGCGCGACGGCCGCAUCUUGCUGGCCCACGACAUGGGCUUAGGAAAGACUGUAACCGGACUUACGAUCAUGAACCACUACCGCGGCGACUGGCCGUUAUUGAUCUUGUGCCCGAAGGCCGUGCUGACGCAGUGGGCCGAAGAGGUGGCGCGCUGGUGCCGCCACCCCAGAACUGGGCCGCCCACGACCGCGAUAGUCAAGGGCAAAGUCACGCGCCAGGGCAAAAGUGUAAUUGACAUAAAAGGCUCCGUCGUCCGCGGCGACAUGAAAGUGAAGAAAUUCGACGGCGAGGUCAAGGUCGUCAUCACGACCUUCGACGUGCUCGCGCGCAAUCUCGACGCGCUGCGCUUCCGCCCGGGCGGCGGCGCGUGGCGCGCCGUGAUUCUGGACGAGUCGCACAAGUGCAAGAGCCCGGAGACGAAACGGACGCAAGCCGUGUUGCCCGUGGCGCUCGGCGCGGCGCGCUGCGUGCUCCUGACGGGGACGCCGAUGUGUAGUGGGGCCAACGACCUGUGGACCCAGAUUAACAUGGCGGCCCAGCCGCGAGCUAGGAGUGCAUUGAUACCGUUCGGGCGCUUCCAGCGGCGCUACUGCGAGCACAGCACCAUCCGCACGCCCUACGGAUCGAUCGACCGCUACAGCGGCGUCAAGAAAGAGCAUGAGGAGGAGCUCAACCGCGUGCUGAGAACGGUCAUCGACCGCGCGAAGAAGGAGGACGUCGCGUCGCAGCUGCCGUCGAAGACCGUCGCGCCGGUCUACUUCACGGCCUCGCCCGCCAUCCGCAAGAAGCUCAACGAGCGACAGGCUCGGUUCAAGGCGAUGCAGAAAGCCGACGAGAUCGCCGAGCUCGAGGGCACCGACGAACGGGUGCCGACGCACGAAGUACUGAAACUCUUCGUCGAUAACGCCGUCGAGCGAGCUGAAGCAUCAGCGGAGUGGGUCAAGGAGUUCUUCGUCGAGCGCGAGGGCGACGACAAGUGCAUCGUCUUCGCCUACCACCGCGCCGUGCUCGACGAGCUCGAGAAGCACCUCAAGAAGUGUACCAUGAUCCGCAUCGACGGCUCGACGUCGUCGCGCGAGCGCGAGGCGCUCCUGGAUCGCUUCAAGACCGACGACAAGUGCCGCAUCGCGCUGCUGUCGCUGGGCACGUGCUCCACGGGCCUGAACCUUCAGCACGCGCGGACCAUCUUGUUUGCGGAGAUGUACUGGUCGCAGACGCUCCACGCCCAGGCCGAGGACCGCAUCCAUCGCAUCGGCUCCGAGGAGCCGUGCAACAUCUUCUACGCGAUGUUUCCCAAUUCAUUGGACGGCAUGGUCUACGCGUCGCUGCGGCGCAAGGCGGAGACGGUGCGCAACGUCGUCGACGCGGCGCCUCCUGCGACGCCUGCGAAACGCAAGCCGGUGCCCAAGGUCACGCCGGACGCCAAGGGCGUCCUCGACCUGACGACCGCGCUGGCGAGUGGCCCGCCGCCCGUGACGCCCAAGAAGCGCCGGCGCAUCAUCGAAGAGAGCGACGACUCGGAGGACUGCGAGAUGGGCGAGACGCUCUCCGCGGAGGAGCGCUCGCGCCGCGCCCAAGCUGCCGCCGAGCGCGCGGGCGACGUCCAGGACGUCGACGACGACUGCCCCCUCGAGUGCGUCCCCGUGAAGAAGUAAGCC